AUGGAGCCUUCCCCGUUUAAUAGAAGACAAUGGACUUCACAGUCUCUGAAAAUCACUGCAAAAGAGCUUUCUCUAGUCAACAAGAAUAAGUCAUCAGCUCUUGUGGAAAGGUUUUCCAAGUAUCAGAAAGCGGCUGAAGAAGCCACUGCUGAGAAAAAAAGAAGUAACACAGAAAGUCUUCCCCCUCAUUUUAAAAGGGGGAAUCUGAGUGUACUGAAGAAGAAGUGGGAGAAUCCCGUGCUGGGAACAGAGUCUCGGAAGGAAACGCUACGAAGCAGCUGUGCUGAGGUUAGGCACAAGGUCGCCAGCCCCGGGCUCGGAGCCGGGAGCAGUCCUGCUUCUUCCCUCGGCGCGGAGCAAAGCCCGGCGGCUGGUGCUCCAUCUGACGCCCAGGCCUCUUCCAGCACCCCUGGCCAGCUGCAGUGUCCUGGUGGUGACAGCAGAAAGUUUCAAGCCCACUCACCGGAGAGUGGUAAAAUGGAAAACUGUCUGAGAGAGUCCAGAGAAGUGGAAAAGCCUGAAGCCAGCGAAAACACGGACUCGUCGGGGAAGAUCGAGAAAUACAGCGUUCCGCUGAACAAACUCAAGAUGAUGUUUGAAAAGGGUGAAGCGACUCAGACCAAGGUCUUAAGAGACCAGAGGAAGACCGCAGUCGGUAGGAGGAUUUCUGAAAACAGCCUCUCUUCAGAGGACUUUGAUGUUGGCCAAGGAGAGAAGAGCCAUAGUACAUCAGGGCAUCUUGUAGAUACUAGUCCAGCACUCAGCCCAGAUAAGGCAGAGACCAAGAAAAGCCUGGAGAUGCCUCGCUUAACAGAAACUUCAAUAAAGGAUAGGCUGGCGAAGUAUCAGGCAGCUGUGUCCAAGCAGGGCAGUUCCACAGGCCUCAUUACCAUGAAUGAGAUUCAAGCCAGUGAAAGUGAACUCAAGAAUUACAAAUCUGAGCAGAAGGAGAAUAUGCCACCAAGUCUUGAGGACUCCAUUUUCUAUCAGGAUGGGGAGAAGGUUUCUGUAGGUGAGAACAGCUUGUCUUUCCACUCUGGCCUUCUAGAGGAUGGCAAUGUUGGACAAAACUUGGAGACUGAGACAGAAGUUCAGAAACCUGUCAGCACAAAGCAGCAAAACUUUGGUUCUAAACCAGUUGGCCAGACAGAUGCAUCUCUGCCGAAAGCAGUGAAGAAAUUUCAGUUGCCAGUGAAGGAAACCUGUGUUGGGUGUCAGAAGACUGUGUACCCGAUGGAAAGGCUCUUUGCCAACCAGCAGGUGUUUCACAUCAGCUGCUUCCGCUGUUCCUAUUGCAACAGUAAACUCAGUCUUGGGACGUAUGCAUCUCUGCGUGGGAAUAUUUACUGCAAGCCUCACUUCAAUCAGCUCUUCAAAUCUAAAGGCAAUUAUGAUGAAGGCUUUGGACACAAACAGCAUAAAGAAUUGUGGGCAGGCAAAACUGAGUGUGAAGAAUCCCUGGAGAAAACUGUCCAUGGUGUAAAUGCAACAGAAAGUCCGCAAAGCCCAGGAGUAGAGGAUGCCCCAAUUGCAAAGGUAGGAGUUCUGGCAGCAAGUAUGGAAGCAAAAGCAUCGGCUUUGCCUGAAAGAGAAGAGAGACCAGCAGAAACAAAAAAGCUCAGGAUUGCCUGGCCACCUCCAUCUGACCAAAGUAUUCAAGGAAGUGCCUUAGAUGAGGGCAUCAAAGUAUUCAAACCCAAAUGGCCCCCAGAAGAAGAGAUUUCCAAGCCAGAUGUGCUGGAGGAUGUAGAUCUGGAUCUCAAAAAGUUAAGAAGAUCUUCCUCACUGAAGGAAAGAAGUCGUCCCUUUACAGUAGCAGCCUCAUUUAGAACAGUAUCUGUUAAAGGCCAUAAAACAGAGAAUUCAUCUUCUCCCUCUAAGGCAGAGAGAGACAUGUUGAAAAGAAGUGAGGAACUGGAGAGAGAGGUCGUGGUAGACAAAAAGCAAAAGGAAAAGAAGAUUGAGAAUAGAAACAUCCAGAGUGCUGAAGAGAAAAAUGUAGAAGAACAGGAAUUGUCUGGUAUCAAAACUGUAAAGCAUAACUUUAUAGAAAAUGGCCAGGUGAAUGCAGAGACAGAUGAGGAAGAACACGCUAUGGAAGAGCGGGAACUUCCAAAUGAAGAAUUCGUUGAACCAAAUUCUCCUAAACAUUCCAGCUUAGCCAAUGUCAUGACUGCUAAGGAAUCGUCUCCUAACCAGAAUCGCAAAUCCCAAGAUGUUGGUUUCUGGGAGGGUGAAGAUAUGGAAGAUCUAUCUGUGGAAGAACAGAUCAAAAGGAAUCGUUACUACGAAGAUGAUGAUGAAGAAUAA